AUGAGUGACAUCGAGCUGGCCACCCCCCACACCUCCAACGUCAAGCACAACCCUGAUGUGGCCAUCAAUAAAAUCAAGCUUGACACUCCUGUUCUAGAGAGCUUAAACUUGCAACAAACCUUUAUAAUCAUUUGUAUCACCGCCACCACUGCUGCCUAUCAUCGCCAAUCACCACUGAUUACCACUGCUGCCGAUCAGCACCGAUUGGUGGUGGCGAUUGAUUGCAGCAAUACCUGCUGCCUGGAACAGGCCAAACAGAUCUUCUUGUUGGCUGGUCGAAAACGGAAAAAGAGCAAGACAUCGAAUUAUCUGAUUUCCACUGAUCCUACUGACUUGAGUCGAGAUGGGGAGAACUUCAUUGGAAAGCUAAGCGACACAGAAAAUGAUUCCAGUUCCAAUGCCAAGUCAACCAAAUCGGAGAAAAAGAAGAGUGCGGCAUCCAUGUUUCAGACUGGAGGAGAAGUCCUCAAGGAGAAGAAAACUAAAAAGAAGGUUCCCGCCAAAGCCACGGAAAAUGAAAGCGAGGAAGAGGUAGUCCAUAAGAACUCCAACCGGAAAGGGAAAUCCAAGAAAUCCAAAAAGAAAGAAGAAAGGCCACCUUUUCCAGUCAUUGAAGAGGACAAUCUUGAGGAAUUUGUGCUGCAGCCAGCUCCUCAUGGAAUGACCAUCAAGUGUCGUGUCACUCGAGACAAAAGAGGAAUGGAUCGUGGUCUCUACCCUACCUAUUACCUUCAUGUCGAUAAUGACAAAAAGUCCUGGGGCAAUACUAACACCAAAUUGCAGGCGGUUACAUUUGAAUGCACCCCUGUGCGUCACAAUGGUUUGGGCCUCCGCUGUAGCUCCAUCUACAGAUCCAAUUUAAUGGGUACUCGAUUCUCGGUGUUUGACAACGGUGUAAAUCCAGACAGAGCAAAUGCUGACUGGUCCAAUGUACGCCAGGAGCUUGCAGCUGUUAUUUAUGAGACAAAUGUAUUAGGUUUCAAAGGACCUCGAAAAAUGACAGUGGUCAUUCCUGGAAUGGAUUCUGAUAAUGAAAGGGUGCCAAUCCGUCCCCGAAAUGAUAAUGAUGGAUUACUCAUGAGAUGGCAAAAUAAGAUAAUGGACAGCUUAAUUGAGCUGCAUAACAAAGUCCCUGUAUGGAACGAUGAAACUCAGUCUUACGUGCUGAACUUCCAUGGAAGAGUUACACAUGCUUCGGUUAAGAACUUCCAGAUUGUGCACAAUGAGGACCCUGAAUACAUCGUCUUGCAGUUUGGCCGAGUAGCGGAUGAUGUUUUUACCAUGGACUACAAUUACCCACUUUGUGCUGUGCAGGCUUUUGCCAUUGCCCUCUCAAGCUUCGAUGGCAAGCUGGCCUGUGAAUAGCAUACCUACAAUGCCAUC